AUGAGGAAUCAUUCUUUGUCUCUUGUAAAUGCUUAUUAUUUAGGUCAACUUAUUGAUGUCGCAACUACUUCUUCUGCUCAACGGACAUUACAAAUGGCGACGCUCAUGAAACAUUAUUACCGAAUUGCUAUCCGAUUUAGCAAAUAUCAAGCUCUUCUAUUGAAAACUCUUGACAUUUCUGCAGGAGCAAAAAUCUUAAGCGGGGA